AGCUCAAGCAGAGCUCCCCUGAAGGCGACGGAGGGAGGCAGGGAGGGAAGGAGAAGGCUUGUACUGGUCAAUAUCCGUGGGUGUGCGCAGGAUUUCGACACUCUACACACCACUCAUACUCCCCCUUAUCCCAUCGAGGGUGGACUGCUCCUCGGAGGAACAUCAGGCGUUUUCAGGAGCUGCCAAGUGGCAGACAGACAGACAUAGAGAGAGAGAGAGAGAGAGCGUGCACUGCACUGGCCAAGUUCAGACAAGUAGUGAGGAAGCAGCUGCCCGUGCUGUGGUUAACAGUGCUUUGAUAUUUACAAACAUACAGCAAAGCGGGGAAAAUAAAACAACAAGCAUACACACACAGACAGACAGCGAGAAGGCAAUUAAAACAUCCAAGGACGAGGCAAUGUUGCAGCAGAAGCAAAUGGAUUUAAUUCCAAUGAUUUUAGCUUUCAUGAUCUCUGCAAAACCAGUCUCAGGGUUUGGAAUGGACCCUGACUUGCAAAUAGAUGUCACCACAGAACUGUUGCUAGAUAAUGCAAGGACGGGAGUUGCUCAGGUACCAGGACUAUAUAAUAACAGCAGAGCGUAUUUGUUUCAAGAUGUGGAGAGACAGAUACAGGCGGCUCCACACGUUGCGGAGAAAGUGAUUCAGCUGCUUAGAAAUAAAAGCGAGUUCACAAUUGUAGCCACAGUCCAACAAAACAUUUUGACCUCUGGGGUCAUCCUGUCCAUCCACGAGUCUGAUCUCAGGUAUUUUGAACUGGAGAGCAGCGGUCAAAGGGAUGAGAUACGAUAUCACUACCAUUUCAGUGGUAAACCACGUACUGAGGUGUUCCCAUAUCGACUUGCUGAUGGACUGUGGCAUCAGAUAGCACUUUCGAUCAGCGCUUCCCAUCUCUUGUUACACGUGGACUGCAACAAGAUUUAUGAACGCAUCAUUGAUCCUCCGCAGACCCAUCUCAAGCCAGGAAUCAGUUUAUGGCUUGGUCAACGAAGCCAUAGACAUGGACUAUUCAAGGGCAUUUUGCAAGAUGUCAAAAUCAUCUUGAUGCCUAAUGGAUAUAUAACACAGUGCCCAAAUCUUAAUCGCACAUGCCCAACUUGCAGCGACUUCCUUAACCUGGUGCAAGGCAUCAUGGACCUCCAGGAGCUUCUUGCAAAAAUGACGACAAAAUUAAACUACGCGGAAGCCAGGCUGAGUGAGCUGGAGAGCUGUUACUGUGAGAAGACGUGUCAGGUGAACAGGGAGGUGUACCGCAGCAUGGAAUCAUGGGUUGAAAAGUGCAAAAACUGCACCUGCAAGAAUGGAGCCAUUGAAUGCAGACACGUUUCAUGUCCCCCUUUAAACUGCCCACCAGAUUUUCGGCCAGUGUACAGAGUAGGCAAAUGCUGCAAAGAAUGUCGACCUGUAUGUCUCUAUGGGGGUCAGAAGCUUGCUGAAGGCCAGCAAGUGCUGAAAACCAACUGCCGGGAGUGUAGAAACCGGACAAUGGCCAUUGUUCAUGAGAUGUGUCCAGUUUUGGAUUGCCCACUCGAGGAACAAAUUCAGCCUGAAAGCAGGUGCUGUAAUGUAUGUCGUGGCCAUGAUUUCUGUGCAGAUGGACAUCACUGUGGUGAAAACUCUGAAUGCUGGAAUCUGAACACGCGAGCAAUAUGCAUGUGCAAGAAUGGUUUUGCUCCCAUCCAGGGUGACACAACUCAUUGUGAAGAUAAGGAUGAGUGUGCGAAUGGCACACACUACUGCCAUGCAAACACUGUGUGUGUGAAUUUUCCUGGAUCGUAUCACUGUGACUGUCUCCCAGGAUACACCAGAGUUGAUGACUACUCCUGUACAAAGCGCGAUGAAUGCAGAAACAGACAGCACAGCUGUCACGAGAUGGCGAUUUGCAUCAACACGGUCCGGGGUCACCGCUGUAUCUGUAAGCCUGGUUACAUGGGCAAUGGAACCAUCUGCCAAGCAUACUGUGAGGAAGGCUGCAGAAAUGGUGGAAGCUGUGUUGCCCCAAAUGUGUGUGCUUGUCCUCCUGGAUUCACUGGACAUGGCUGCCAGAUAGAUAUUGAUGAAUGCACCGAAGGCAUCAUACAGUGUCACAGACACGCCCGAUGUGUAAAUGUACCGGGAUGGUAUCACUGUGAGUGCAGGACUGGUUACCAUGACAACGGCAACUAUUCAUUCACCGGAGAGAACUGCAUCGAUAUCGACGAAUGUGCCUCAGGGGUACACAGUUGUUGGAAUGACUCAGUCUGUGUUAAUCUUGACGGGGGGUUUGACUGUCGAUGUCCUUUCGGUGAGCACUGCACUGGAGACUGUCCCCAUGAUGAAGGUUUGAAGCGUAAUGGACAGGUCUGGACCUUGAGAGAUGACCGGUGUUCCAUCUGCUCAUGCCAGGAUGGGAAUAUUUUCUGUCGAAGGUCUGUUUGUGACUGUCGCACACCAAACGUUGACCUCUUCUGCUGUUCAGAAUGUGACACUAGAGUGACCAGUCAAUGCCUGCAUCAGAAUGGACACCUCGUCUAUCGCAGUGGAGAUGUCUGGAUUUAUAACUGCCAGCAAUGCCGAUGUUUGCAGGGAGAAGUGGAUUGCUGGCCUUUGUCCUGUCCGCCACUCAGCUGUGAGUACACAACCAUCCCAGAGGGACAGUGCUGCCCACGCUGUGUGAGUGACCCCUGCUUAGCUGACAACGUGGUCUAUGAUAUCCGACGGACGUGUACAGAUAACCACGGAAUAACCCGGCUGAGCGGUUCCAUAUGGACCAUGGCUGGAUCGCCCUGCACAACUUGCAAAUGCAAGAACGGGAACAUUUGUUGUUCAGUUGAUGUGGACUGCCUCUUCAACAACUAAUGUUCUUCUUAUGGACUGGUCAACUUCCUGUGCGGACGUGCAGGUUGUCACUGCAAUGUACGCCCAAGAAGGCCCUCACAUUGUGGAACCAAAAGCUACCAAAUGGAGCAAGAUUUCCAAGAGUUUUUGUGUCGUUGAACUAUCCUGCACUUUUGUGGCUGCCCAGUUCAAAAUCUUUCACUUUCAACUCAAAGCUGGGAGCUUCAAUUACCUUGCUGUCAGAAAACAACACUUCAAUGGUCUUUUCUUUUACAGCAUUUUUGGUAGCUGUAAGUGGAAAACUGAAUUGUCUUAUCUGACCUUACCGUUCAAUAUCUGUCCAAACUUGUUAUUCUGUUUUUAAGUAAAUUGAUUAUCUGUAAUAUCGUGUAUUAAUCCUUUGAGUACUGAAUGUCCUUUGCUGCUUUUAAGAUUCAUGCAUCACUCUGUCAAGCAGUUCCACAAAUCACCUUCCAUUUAACUCGAGGCUGAACAUCAUGAAGACAAAAGUUGUGUAACCUCAGCUAGAAAACUAUAGAGCAUGCAUUUAAAUUGUACUUUUGUUUUGCAGACAAGAGAACCCAGAAUGCUUGCAAUAUAACAAUUUUACAUUUUUAACUUUGAAAGCAAAAUUACAGUGGCAGAUAUUUUGCGAGGCUUUGAGUUCCACAGCUCUUUAAAGGUAGAAUAGCCUGCCGCUACACAAAGCAAGCUGAAGAUGUGCGUUGUCUUUUAACACAACUGAAAGGUAGGACGCAUUCAGAAUGCCAGUCUGUCUUGUGAUGAAGGCUAAUAGUAGGAUAUGACUAAAAAGCACGCUAUUGUUGUAUUUUGCAAAAUAACCAAAUCAGAAUUAAACAAUUGACUAAAAACUGUUUGAUUUUUAACAGUAACCUGAUUUGUUCAAGUUGUAUUUUUUGUACAAACAUUUUUUCUGCCAUUGUAACGUUUUGAAUCAUUGCAAGGUCUUUAAAUGUAUUUUGGUGCAUAACCUCAAAAUUUUUCAGACUGAGUGUUAUUCCUUGAUUUACUUAAACCUUCCUUAAUUGAGUUGACAAUUCAGUUGCAAAAUGCCAGAGAAACUGAAGGGCAAUGGCUGUCUAAAAUAUGAUAAGAAAUGUUCCAUGGGGCUUUCUCGUGGAAAC